AGCCCAAAACUCAACCGGGCUCAAGCGAGGGGAGGAAAAGCAAAAUCAUGGGCAAAGCGAAGAAGGACCUGCUAACGAAAGCUCCAUGGAGGGGGGAAGACGACGACGACUCCAACAAGUUCAAAGACGCCAAGCUCAAAGUGACCAGCGACUCCGGUGGCACUUCCACCAUGCACGUGCCCGGCAAGAAAAAGACCUCCAAAUACGAUAAUCUUGAUGACGACGAUGAAUACCUCCAAAUCGACCCCCAGCUUCGUUACAGCUUUCAGCGUAACUUCCAGUUUCUUCAGAGAGUGUUCAGCAUAGACACAAUCGUUAAGCCUCUUCCACCUGCCAUGGCAUACAAUGUUUCCCGCAACUUGAAUUUCUUCACAAGGAUUUUCACGCAGUUUUUUGAUCCUGAAGGCAUUGCUGGUGCACAGAAAUCCCUUGGGUUAGGACAGGAAGAAAAAGCUCGUCGUGUGCGUUGAGGAAUAGAAUUUAGUUAUGCGCAUAUUCAAUGUGGUUGUAAUCUGGACUGUAUUUGGAUUGUCACAUUAUUAAGAGUAUUCCCUUUACUUAGUUUCUCAAAUGAGCAUAACCUAAUCUUAUCAUAAA